AUGUCGAGCAGCAUGGAUUAUGGGACAAUUUUCCGCCGAUACGGAGCCUUCGAAACUGUUCUACAUUGCAUUGGGAAGAUACGCCGUCCGUUUCGCCCGUUCCGCCAGAGUCGCAAAAUACUAAAGCCCACUGGAGGUGAGGAUUCAACGAAGCAGAUGAACGUAGCCAGGGAACAGAGGUCUCUUGCGGACGCCUCGACACAACCUAUGUGA